AUGUCUACGCCCUUCACGCCCAAGGCUAUUGAGAAGGCAGCAAAAGCCCUUCUUAGUGUUGACCGGUUCGACACGGAGCGACUGGGCUCUGACAACACCUACCUUGACCAAUCAGAUGAUGAAGAUGAUGACUACUUUGAGGAGAUCACCGGGAUUGGACGGGGAAGAGCAGAGAGAGACUCACCAGUGCCAAACCGCAAGGUUGCGCGCUUUGACGAAGAAGAUGACAGCGACACGGAGGACCCGGAGCAGGAGUUGAAGGAGACGAAGAAGAAACAAGUCCGCAAGUACAUCCAGCAGCAGGAGAAAGUCAAGGAGGAGAAGCCAAAGCCCACCCCAGUGCCUACCCCAUCCCGCAAGCCUGAGGAUGUGGAACUCGAUGGCCUGAUCCAACAGCUUCACACCCUCCGAUUGGACGACCCGCUGUAUGGUGCUGCGUACCUCAAAGCCUGCCGCAUUGACCCCAACGUGCAGAACUGUUUCUACCAGCCUAUCCUCAGGCCCCCACCGCAGUUCAGCCAGAACGUCACUCGUGAUUUGCCACCACACAUGGGCAGAUCCAACAUGAACCAGCCGCAAAUGCGACCCUCACUACCACCACUUCAGUCAGGAACCCAAGGAUGCUUCGGAUGUGGUCAGCCAGGCCAUGUCAUGAACAACUGCCCUGAGAUCCAGAAAUACAUCUCAAAGGGCCAGGUUCUGAAAGACUAUCGGGGGCGUGUCACGGACAAGGAUGGUCGAGUCAUCAGACGGCAGGAGGGCGAGAAUAUCGUCCAGGCAAUUGAACGCACCCUUCCCAAGGUGAACUUCAUAGCCUAUGAUGGACCAGCACAGGAUGUGGACAAUGAAGACGAGGAUCCGGAGCAGGCCGACGUCAUGGUCUAUCCAGUGGAGAGAGCCCAACGUAUCACCAGGCCUUACCGCAAGGAGACCUUUGACGGCGUAGGCGUCCCUUCGAAAGGAAAGGAGAACCCCAAGGAUAAGCUGAAGAAGACGGAGACUUCGCAGAAGGCCACUGCUGUGCAUCGCCUUCCCAUGCAACGUCUGGUGCCAGUUGAGACUCAGCCUAUGGCAUUCAACCCUGAUAAUGAUGUGGACAUGAUCGACGACCGCACUCUGACUCAGCGGAAGAAGCCAGCCCCUGCGGAGCCAGCCACCAUGGACAAACCUCGUUGGGCCCCACGUGCAUCAGACGUCAGCAAGACUGUUGACCCUGUCAAGAUUGCAGAAAAGCUUCUAGAUCUACCUGUGACCCUUCCAGUCCGGGAGAUUGCAGGAUGCUCUCGCGAGGUCGCCAGCAGCCUGAUUGACAUGCUCAAGCUCAAGAAGGUUGACACAGUCCCGGUCGCAUCAAUCCUCCCAACGACAAACUUGAUCACAUCACGCACGGGUUCCCUGAUCCGCCUUCAAAUGGAGUGCAACUUCAUGCCAGUCACGUUCAUUGUCGACACCGGGUCUCAGCUCAACAUUAUCAGCGAGGCAGUCUGCAAGAACAUAGUCCGCAGGCCAAUCAACUUGGGUGCAGCCAUAGCAAUGAAGGAUGCCAACGGAGGAACUGGUCACCUUUUGGGGCUAGUCGAGAACAUUCCUCUGAAGCUCGGCCACAUCAGCACGCCAAUCAAUGCCUUCAUUGCAGAGAACCCUCCAUUUGACGGUCUACUUGGACGACCUUGGCAGCAGGCUCACAAGAUCUCAAUCGUCGAGAAGCCUGAUGGCACGUAUCUGGAGUUCCCGCCGACCUCAGGAUAUCCCAAGUCAGAGAUGCUUGUUGACCCACUCCCCAGUAUGCCGUCGAUGCCAGCAUCAGAAGUCCCAGGAGUCUAUGCUACCAUCAAGGAGUGGACAGCUGAUGACAUUGUAGGACCCAUCCAGGACAUUGACCUCGCAUCAGACAGCAGUGCCUCUGACACCUCAGACAGUUCAGACGACCUGCCCGACUUGGUCACUGACUCAGAGAGCAGCUCGGAUGAUGACGAGUCCAUCAGAACCCCGUCAAAUGACUCUGAUGAUGAGGAUA